AACGGCCUCCCAGUACCAAGAGACGAAGUACCCAACGACCGUGUACUCGGCGACCGAGUACCCAACGACCGUGUACCAGACUACCGAGUACCCAACGACGAAGUCCCCAACGACCACCGAGUACAAAACGACUGA